GGACUACUGACGCACUUACAGAGCCAGCCAAUCAUAAGAGAGCGUCGAGCCUGGACGUAAACCUUCCAAUAUGGCAGCUUUCCGGGUAGAGUGCAGAGGCUGGAAAUAAAUCGGCUUUUAACUACAAAGUAUCAUCUUGAACAUACCGUUUGUUUUACUACAAUGUGGCGGGGUUAGGGUGAACGUCUGCAGGCUCCACGGUUUUAAUAAUGUUAGCAGAGGUAAGGACUGUCUUGAUUAAGUGAGGCCUGAGAGUUUGUUUUUGUUCGGCGGUAGUGUCCAUACAUCAAGACAGUGUGUAAGUAAACACAGGGUGUAUGCCUAGGACUCGGAGUGGCUGCAGCACUAGACAGGGCUAGCCAGUUUUAAGCAUUUGGCUGCCGCGUUAAGGAGAUUGUGCAAUUAAAAUAGCAGGAUUAUAUAUUUAUGGCUAACAGUACGUUUUGAAUUGGAUUGCCAAUAAGAGGCGUGAAAAAUAUUGAACUGUUGCAGAAUCAUGAGAGACGAGUGUGGAAUAGGCACAGGACCAGAAGCGGCACCUAAGAUUUGUGAUCUAUGAACUAAAAGAAAUAGGGUGGAAAUAUUGAAAACGAUACCCUUGUAGUCUGAAUGAAGUUAUAACGUUUGUAACUAAUCAGAGGCUUUUCUGAUCUGGCGUACUGUAUUCGUUGGAGUGUUAAGGUCAUUUUAAUGUAUUGUCUGUAUUUACCAUCAGAUUUAAAGUUAAAAUGUUUCCUUUCGCCAGUCAAUAACUCUUAUAAGCCUAGUCCAGGUUAUUGUAAUUUGUAUGUUUAUUUUAUUAUAGCCUAAGUGAUAGACGCUAUUACCUUAUUUUUUAUCAUUUUUUUAAAUGUAAAUAUUUAUUUAAUGUUGGUGUUGCCGUUUUAUGGCAUUAUUAAUGCCAUGUGACAUUAGAUUCAAACACACGCAUACGUCUUUGUUUGAUAGGUUAAAUACACAAAGGUUAAGUUUGGUUUUGUGUCCUGGAAUAUCCACAUGAAUAUCACGUUUCGUACUUUAACAAAGGUUUUAAUUUGAAGACUAGUACACGCUCAUUUAUUUCGUGACAUUUAACUAAAGGAAAGUGUCACGUGAGAAUAAGUUGAUUAGACUGAUAUCACAUCGCAUUAUUUUAUUGAUAUAAAAAAGUGCUUGCUGUAAAAUAUUCACAUUCCCCCUGCCUGCCAUCCCCAUCUUUUCAGUAUAAGACCGUUUGUUUAAAUAUUUUUGCCCACGCUUUUUUACUGGCAUGUACAACUUUUCGUCACAAUAUGCACUAAACAAUUAAUAUUUGCGUGUGGGGAGAAAAAUCGCAAAUCCAUAUUUGGUGUUAAUUAAAAACAUAUAAGCAGUGCAUCUAUUUCAAGAGAUUGCGAAUUGGAGAACAUCCAUUUAUGUAUUCAUCACCAAUGGUGUUUCACAGAUUAAAGAGAACCAGUCUUUCCAUAUGGGGAUGGGGAGGCCUUGGUGUUGUGCUUUUUCUUAUAACAUUUGGACCUUUUGCAAUAUUUUAUUUAGCAUUUUAUAUCCUGUGCUUCGCUGGUGGCUGUUUUGCAGUUACUCUUUUAUUUGGAAAAACAAACUCUGAAAAAUAUCUGGAAAAGUGUGAACACUCCUUUCUUCCUGCAACACAAUCCGGCAUACCCAAGACCUUGGAAGAAAUGAAACAAGAAAGUAGGCAAAUAAAAAUAGACAGAAGACUGACUGGUGCCAGCAUCAUUGAUGAACCUUUACAGCAGGUAAUUCAGUUUGCCCUGAGAGACUACAUCCAGUACUGGUAUUACACACUAAGUGAUGAAGAAUCUUUUCUUCUUGAAAUCCGACAAACAGUACAAAAUGCCCUUGUCCAGUUUUCUACUAGGUCAAAAGAAGUAGACUGGCAGCCGUAUUUCACAACACGAUUAGUAGAUGACUUUGCAACUCAUCUUCGGGUUUUUAGAAAAGCUCAAGAAAGGAUGACAGAAAAGGAUGAUCAAAAACAACUCAAGGAUGAACCAGAGGAGCUUGUAGAAUCCUUCUUUGAAGCUGAAGUAGAAAUGGAGAGAAAAAUCUGUCGUGAUCUUGUCUGCACUUCACCCAGAGAUGAAGAAGGAUUUUUAAGGGAUCUGUGUGAGGUUUUACUGUACUUAUUACUACCUCCUGGAGACUUCCAUAACAAGAACAUGAGAUACUUUGUGAGGGAAAUCCUUGCAAAGGGAAUUCUUCUUCCACUGAUUAACCAGCUCAGUGAUCCAGACUAUAUUAAUCAGUAUGUUAUAUGGAUGAUUCAUGAUUCUAGCUGUAAUUAUGAAGCCUUUAUGAACAUUCUCAAACUAAGCGACAAAGUGGGAGAGCUGGAAGCUGUGAAAGAUAAAGCCAUGGAAGAACUGCAGUUUCUUCGCUCUUUAGACACUGCAGGAGAUGAUAUCAAUGUGAUUAAGAAUCAAAUAAACAGCCUACUAUUUGUGAAGAAAGUUUGUGAUACAAGGAUACAGAGGUUGCAGUCAGGAAAGGAAGUAGAUGCCUUGAAACUUGUAGCCAACUUUGGAAAACUUUGCAUAAUUCCUCUGGAACACAUAUUGGUACACAACAUUGCACUACAGUUUUUCAUGGAUUACAUGCAGCAGAAGGGAGGGCAGGCAGACCUUUUCUUCUGGCUCACAGUGGAAGGGUAUCGAGUCACAGCACAGCAGCAGCUGGAAGUUUUACAGAACUGGCAGAAGGAUGGGAAAAAGCAGACCAACCAGACCAAAGGCUUGUUGAAAGCUGCUGCACUUGGGGUUUAUGAACAGUAUCUGUCAGAAAAGGCAUCCCCUCAAGUUCAGGUUGACGAAUCCUUAGUUGAAAGACUGGCAGAAAAGCUCAACAAAGAAGACCCAACGCCUGAAAUAUUUGAUGAUAUCCAAAGAAAGGUGUAUGACAUGAUGCUGCGAGAUGAGCGGUUCUACCCAUCUUUCAGACAGCACCCUCUUUAUGUGCGGAUGUUGGCUGAGCUUGACAUGUUGAAAGAACCAAGUUUCAGAGGGUCAGAUGAUGGAGAUGGAGAAUCAUUUAAUGGUUCUCCAACAGGAAGCAUUAAUUUGUCCCUAGAUGACCUCUCCAGUGCUAGUUCUGAUGAAUCAAUGCAGUUGCAUGCAUUCAUUUCUGAUACUGCUCAUGCUUACUUACACCCAUAUCCUGUGGCAGGAGUGUGCAAUGACCAUGGGAAGACGUAUGCAUUGUAUGCAAUCACUGUGUUUCGGAAGAAUCCAGACGGCAGCGAGGACACCUGGAAAACCUAUCGUCGUUACAGCGACUUCCAUGACUUUCAUAUGCGCCUCACAGGGCAGUUUGAAAACCUUACAAGUAUUUUAAAGCUCCCUGGGAAGAAGACCUUCAACAACAUGGACAAGGAUUUCUUAGAAAAGAGGAAAAAAGACCUGAAUGCCUAUAUACAGUUCUUGCUGAAUCCUGAAAUGAUGAAAGCUUGUCCCCCUCUGGCUGUUUAUCUGUGUGAUUUUCUGGAAAACAAAGCCUACAAUAAAGGGAAAGGGGACUUUGCACGUAAGAUGGAUACUUUUGUAAACCCACUACGCAAUUCCAUGAGAAAUGUCUCCAAUGCUGUUAAGGCCAUUCCGGACAGUCUGGCAGAGGGAAUGACGAAAGUGUCGGACAACAUGGGAAAAAUGUCAGAAAAACUGGGGCAGGAUUUAAAACAGUCAAUGUUUAAGGUUCCUCCAUUGAUUCAGAAGUCUGAUAUAGACCCUGAACACUGCCGUGUCUCUGCACAGCUGGAUGAUAAUGUGGAUGACAAUAUUCCACUCAGGGUCAUGCUGCUUUUAAUGGACGAAGUCUUUGAUCUGAAAGAAAGAAACCAGUGGUUGAGGCGGAAUAUUAAAAACUUACUGCAACAGCUCAUUCGAGCAACAUAUGGAGACACAAUAAACAGAAAAAUUGUAGAUCAUGUGGACCUCAUGACCUCCCCUGAGCAAGUUGCAGACCAUGUGAAACAUUUCAGAGAUGCCUUUUGGCCCAAUGGUAUUUUAGCAGAAACGCCACCCCGCAGGGAUAAAGCAAUCCGAAUGAGAACGAGAGUGGCUGCCAAGACCAACCUGCUAGGAAUAAUGCCUGAUGAGCUGAAGCACAUAAUUGGUGCUGAUACAACACGGAAGGGAAUAUUACGGGUCUUUAAGAUGUUCCAGCACAACCAGUUAAACCGGAGGCUUGUUUAUGUUUUUAUAGAGGGAUUCCUCGAAACCAUGUUUCCUCAAUAUAAAUUCCCUGAGCUCUUUAUCAAACUGCAUUCAAGAUCUAAACGGAUGGAAAAAUAUUCACAGAAAUUAAAGACUUCCCAGGUUCUCUCCUUACAAAAGAGGUGACACCCCAAACCAGCAAGCUGUGCCCUUAUGACACUAAUGAAUGUGGAGAAAACUAAUCCACACUUGGGUAAGUUUUUUCUGGGCGUUCAGAAUGUACAUGGUAUUUUCUGGCCUGUCAUCUUAGGACAAAGAUGAUCUCAAGAACUGCAGUUUCCCCACCAUCUACAUUCUUGCUCAACCACUAUCUUGAUGUGAUUAUGGCACAGGUCAUUUUGUUAUUUAAUUGUGCAACUUGAAAGAGGAACACUUCUUUAACUGUGUAAGAGGUGUGGAAUUGCAAAAUCGUUGCUUGCUUGCAAGCAUGGAAAAAAAGAUGUCCUUGGAAAAUAGCGGCGAUGCCCAUAAUGAGAAUGUGUAAAAGGAUUUGGCUGCAUAGCAAGGUUAAGCACAAAAUGUGACGAUCCAAGCUAGAGUUCAUGUGAAGUGAAAUGGGCAUGAGCACUAAUCGGGAACCCAAAGUCACUGGAAAGUGGUAGUGAAAGAUAUGAAAUUUAACGUUCAUAAACCGUUUGUGUAGUUUGCAUUAUUUUCCAAAACCGACAUUUGCAUAAACUUCCUCAGACACUUUGCGGACUAUAGACGGUUCAUGUUAACAUCCCUUCAUUUUAAUAUGGUAACAUAAAUCAUAAGUUGAUUCAGCUCUCAGUAGGGAUAACUGCAGCUUCAUGCUUCCUGUAGUUUGUGUGUUUAUGAUGUCUAGGGCUCUCUACGUAUGCAAACACUCAGCCUGGGUACCGUAACUUAAUUGCACAAAAGUUUAGUAUAGUAUCUGUUAAAUUUACUCUGUGGAGACCUAAUAAAAAAAGUAAUAAUUAUGUUAAACUGACUAAAACAGCUAAAUGCAAAAGUACUGAAAGAAAAUGCAUGUAUUGUUGCUUCAUUCUAUCUACAUAUCGAUUUGAAAUCAAGUGUAAGGGCCUUACAUAUAAAAUCAUAUGUGUAUAUAUAUCAUAUGAGCUACAGUACUACUCAGAUGUGAUUUGCAUAUGAUUUACCACUUACAACUGACUGAGGUGACAAUAAAUAAAACAGUGUAAUGUCAAUCAAUACAUUAUUUUAUUCUUUCUACAUUGUGUCUUGCUGUAUAAUACAUUGAUAUGAGUGAUGCAAUAACACUGUAUUGAGCUUAUUUUUCACAGUUUAAAAAAAAAAAAAAUGUAAUAUUGGUAUGUCCAAAUCUAUUUCGGUUUUAAACUUUAAUUUCGGUUUUACCGAAAACCAGUUAGAUGCCAAAAACAGCUGAAAGAGUUUCUACAAAACUGAACUGAUCAUAACUGACUUUUAUUUAGUUAUGGGCCAGGGAACCUGGGUGGUACACAACAUUUACAACACUUAAAUACUGCAUCUAAAAGAAUACAGGUGGACUUGCAUUUGCUUCUUAUGAUGAUUAUUAAUGUAGUUGCUAAUAGGCAGGCAUAACACACAUUCCUUAGAAAGAUACCAAAACACUGUCUCCACAUGAGCUGAAUAAUUGAAUUUAUUUCAAAACAUUUCCUAUAUUGAGAAAAUACUGUGCCCUUUCUAGUUUCAGCUUUUUACCUUGAGGCAUCCUUAAUUAGAGUGAGGAUCCAGUCUUCACUAAAUUAAACUGAUAUACAAAAAAAGAGCUUUGUGAUGUUAUUUGUAGCCCCAGGAUCUUGAUUGUGGCAGACACAGGUAUAAGAAGUCUGAUUUACAGGUGUGUGUGUGGAGACAUUAGACGUUAUGCGAUUUCUCACUGAAUGACGACUAGACAAAGUUGGCUUGUGUAAACUUACUUGGCUUUUUUUAUUUUAUUAAAAUCCUGGUAUUUUAAUUCUUCAUAAAGCAGGUUAAAUCACUGACUUCCCCAAAGAAGGCUGUAAAGUCUAGAAAUCUUUCUCAUGGACACAAGUGAAGCUCAUGUACAAGCAUAUUAAAGUAUGCUUUAAAGAAUGUAACUAUUUGUAAUGUAAAUGUUUUGUAUUUUUUUUUUAAACUGUAUAAUCAUGUAUUGUGUUAGGUUUCAGAUGUGAUUUUAGGAUAACUGUGCACUUAAAUGCAGGAAGUAUUGUGUUUUAGUCUGACAAAUGUGCCACUGUAUAAGGCAUAUAGUUCCAGCCUUAAACUAAGUUUAAAUAAAAAUAAACCUUUAUUAACAAGGUAGUAGCAUCCCUAAAAAGCCCACUACAGUUACAGAAAACAUUUUAUUUUUAAAACCUAUUUCCACCUUAGCAUAGUUUCUUUCUAAAAAAAAUAUAUAUUUUAUUUUGUGCAAUAUUUCUUUAAUGCAUGUGUAUUUGAAUAAUUGUAUAUUGAAAUUAAUGUUUUGAAAUGUAAAAAUAAGUCUUCUAAACCCAACAACUUACAUUCCGUUCUCAUACUAGUUUAUUUAAGGACUUGUUUUAUAAGUCUUGAUUUUCACUCCGUGUAAAACUCACUUAUUAAUGAUGAACUUUGUUUGUAAGCAUGGUGUGUGUGUAUAUAUACACAGUGCUCACCCGUUAUAACGCACCUUGUUAUAGUGUGGAAUUGGUUACAACACGGUAGGGUCGUGGCUCCCAUUUGCUCCAUAAUGCCAUUACAGUAGCCCUUUUAUACUCGUUAUAAGGUGGAACACAAAUAGCACGAACUUGUAACUAUGGCGCACCACUAUAGCGUUAUAAAGGGUGAGCACUGUGUGUGUGUGUGUGUGUGUGUGUGUGUGUAAUAUACAUAUAUAUACACACACACACAUAUAUAUAACAGGGAAUCUAAAGAGCACAUUGCAAAAUAUCUAUGUAUAAAUAUAUAGCAUAUAUACUAAAAGGUUCUGCAUCAUAGAGAAAUUACAUUGCACCUGCUGCACAUGCAAGUUAUUACAAAACAGAUAUAGUCUGUCCAUAAAUGUUUGCAUGAUCGUUUCCUUUGAUGCAGGACCUUAUUAACCCUGUAUAUAUAAAUUUGUUUUAAUGAAUUGUCCAUAUCAUUGUACAGUAAAUGUCAAUAGUGUGCCUAAUUGUACUAUUUUCUUUAAAGAAUAUAGUGUCAAUCGGAAUGUCAUGGUAAUUUUUUUUUUUAACAGACUGAAAGACUCUAAAAUGUUAGUGUGUGUGUGCAUUAUGCUAUUCAAAUGUUCAAUAGAGCAGCUGGAAACAAUAUUACACUAAUAAAAUGUUAACUCAAAGUAGUCUUAA